AUGGCGACUCAAAGGUCACUUGUAUUGAGUGCCCUAAUCGUCAUCAUCUCACUAACCCUAGCAAUUUCGAGGCCAAUCUCGGAGGAAGAUUUGGGGAUCGUGAUUGGACCUUUUGAACCAGAGGGUUAUGAAAACUCUCCUCCUCCUCCUCCUCCUCCACCUCGAAAGGAGAAGCCGCAGUCUCCUCCUCCGCCUGAGGCUGAGCUACGAUGCCCUUCCUCUAACUCCUUCAGCCGCUCUAGUUUCCCUCUCGACUUCAUCUUCGGCACUUCCACCUCCGCUUUUCAGGUCGAAGGAGUGAAAAAUGGUCUCGGAAGAGGCCUCACUACUUGGGAUGAUUUUACCCACAAAUUCGCAGACAAGGUAGUUGAUCGAGCCGACGCAGACAUCGCCACAGAUUCUUACAAUCGCUAUGAGGAAGACAUCGCUAUGAUGAAGGAGCUGAACACGAAUGGAUACAGAUUCUCGAUCUCUUGGACGAGGAUUUUGCCUCAUGGGCGAGAGAGCAAAGGCGUGAACGAGGACGGGAUCAAGUUCUAUAACAACCUUAUCGAUGCUUUGAUCGAGAACGGGAUUCAACCUUCUGUGACUCUGUUCCAUUGGGAGACUCCGCUGGUUCUUGAAGAAGAGUACGAAGGUUUUCUGAGCAGGCGCAUCGUGGACGAUUUUCGAGAGUUCUCGAGGAUUUGUUUCGAAAGAUUCGGAGACAGAGUCAAGAACUGGGCGACGUUCAAUGAGCCUUGGGUUUACAGCGUCGCGGGAUACAGCAGGGGGAAGAAAGCACCGGGAAGAUGCUCGAAAUGGGUGAACGAGACGUGCCUUGUAGGCGAUUCGGGAACCGAGCCUUACAUCGCCAGUCACAACCAGCUCCUUGCCCACCUAGCCGCAGCCGAAGAGUUCAGGAAAUGCGAAAAGUGCCAAGAAAACGGAGGAAAGAUCGGAAUAGUUUUCAACUGCCCCUGGUUUGAAGCCCACGAUCCUCAAUCCGAGAGUGACCAUAUAGACGCGAUAAAAUCUCUCGAAUUCAAUCUCGGCUGGUUCUUGCACCCUCUAACGUACGGAGACUAUCCCCAGAUAAUGAAGGAGACUGUAGGGGAAAGGCUGCCUCCUUUCAGCAAAGAAGAAUCCCGAAAGCUGACAACUUCGAUGGAUUUCGUGGGACUAAAUUACUAUGGAGCGUUCUUCACGACUUCAAGAAACGACGUGAACAGAUCUCAAAUCAGCUACGCGAACGAUCACGGCCUCGACUGGAAAAAUGUGCAAAAGGGUUCUCCUAACCACAAGGCUUCUUCAAUGGGCAUAGUCAUAUACCCAAAGGGUCUCAGAAAUCUGCUCAACUACAUCAAGGACAUGUACAGGAAUCCAGAGAUCUAUAUCAUGGAAAACGGGUUGGAUGAGUUCGAUGAUGGUAGGAAGUCCGUUGAAAAAGCCAGAAUAGAUACAUCAAGAAAGAACUUCAUCAGAGACCAUCUAUGGAACCUUGAGAAAGCUGUCUGUGAGGACAAGGUGAGGGUGAAAGGCUACUUCUUCUGGUCAUUGAUGGACAACUUCGAGUGGAACCUCGGAUACAGCACGAGGUUUGGUCUGUACUACGUGGACUACAAAGACGGCCUGAAACGUCACAUGAGAUCAUCUGGAGAGUGGUACCAACAGUUCUUGAACCCAGACCAGGUCAGACGUCCAGUUCAACCGGCGGUUAUCGCACGCACCUUCGUACCGAUGGCUCAGGAAGAUUUCUAUGAACCUAGAGAGGUUCAAACCCGAAGCCGUAGCAUCAGAUUGCCGGAGGAGAGACAACAGCCCGAGCCACAGAUCUUACUACUUCCUUUGGAGGAAGAAGUGCUCGAGAACCCGAACCCAUAUGUGAGAUACAUCAGCGACAUGAUGUGAAAUAGUAUAACUAUAUACAUACACACUUAUAUAUGUACACACUGGAUCUUGUAUGAAUUAGUGAAUAACCGGGUUGUCUUGAUGAUGACUAUGUAUGUGCAUGUUUGUGUUAUGGAUGAAUAAAACUGUCGGUAUGGUUUCUAGUGAAA